CGACUCCAGCAUUGAUUUGAACGACAACUCAAAAAUCGCUCAUUGGCCAGAAACGAUGAAGCGAGAUGGAAGUAAUGGAGGUGGUCGAUCGGAGAAGGUGAAGAAGACGCUGCGAGGACGGACGGAGAAAGCGUGUGUUCGCUGUCGAGCGAAGAAGCGCACUUGUGAUGGCGGAAAUCCAUGCAUGCGUUGCCAGGAAAGCCAUAACGCAUGCUACUUCAGUGACUGGCAUUAUACGGUUCUGUAUCCUCGCGAGUAUGUGGAGUAUCUCGAGGAACAACAGGAGCAACUAUCUGCGGGUAUCAUGGCAAUGUAUCGUCUCCUGAAGGAUGCGAACCUACACACCUUCUCGACCCUGUCCGACAAACCCGAAGCACAAGCCAUUCUAGCAGCUCUCAAGGAAUCGAAUGUUGACAGCAUGGCACUUCACUGGAGCCGGCCCAGUCUGUCCAACCCCCCGGGUACUCUGUUCGACGAUGGGCUUCGCAUACAAAUCAGCGAGGAACCAACAUCACCACGAGAGGAGCAUUGCCAUAGACUGGCACUCAGUCCGUCGACCCACUCUGCAGUAUCGCCGAUUCAACCUGCUUCGACGUACAUGCAACACUUCGGAACAGCCUACGCCUUAGUUCCAGCACCGGUACAUCACAGCUACUCACCUGCAUCGUACCAGACAUUCGAGUCGACUCCGCCCAUGCAGACGUUCAUGCAUCCGCAAAUGUUGGCAGUUCAAACACAGACCUUGCCGCAGGCUGUACCGACACGUCCCGACAUGCUCUUCCCAUGCAGUGCAUGCACUGGCAUCGUUCAAAUACCAGAACCUUGGCGGCCGUCGCUGUCGUCGUUCACGCCCAGCACAAGUGCAUCUCUGGAGCGCGUAUCAGAUCAACCACCGACAUUCGUAGGCCCGACUGGAACACACAGUACCGAGACCGCCCACGAAAACAUGUGUAUAUAUUACCAGACUGAUCAUGACUUACGGCCAUGGCACUAAGGGGCUGUUCAAUAGCCUUUGAGCCACAUAUAAAAACACAGGCGUAUGGGAAAUCCACAAGCGGAGAUGGUUAGUGAACUGAAGUACAGACCGAACGUCUGUACUUCGGUCUGUACUUCUACCAAACUCCGACUGAGAACGUACUGUACCUCGCGAGGUGCAUUGCGACAACCUGCAAAUUCGAGUGCAACGUACAGACCUUUUCACUGCGAUCGUCUGAACUUCAGAUCCUCUGUAGUCCACAACGCCCGGAGGCUACUGAACAGCCCCUAAAGACAAGCUUGAUAUGAAACUCUAC